ACUGAGCCGCCAAGCGCCCCCUGGAGGAAUCUCAUUUUAGAAACCGCUAGCGAGCAACAUUUGCUGCACGAAAACUAUUCUUUCACAACACCUAACAGAGGAAAACAAGUCUUUUCAGUGUUUAAAGGCGUCAGCGUUUUCAUUUAACAUCUGAGCCACAUGACAUGACCGCAAGUCUAUCAGUCAUGUGAAUGCUUCCCAUAUGACUCGCAGCGCUUCCCGUUCAGCUGAAUGCAGACGGUCGGUAUACGUUAAUCAUUUGCCCACAAAUGCACUUAAAAAGUCCAUAGAAUGCAAUACACUUCGAUGGAAUAAUGCAUUCAGACUGUAUUUUUAAGAGCCUAAUUUUUCAUACGAAGUCAAACAAUGGCGAACAAGUACUCUAAAAGACAAACGAAACGAAACGCACUGGAAAAUGCAACUGAGCAAGCAUCACUUGCACUGACUGUAGAGAAGCAUCAAAGACCAGGCCAAGUGGAGGUGAUCUCUGGGUCAGCAUGGCAGGGCUUCAGGAGGAAAGUGUGUCUGCUGGUGCCAUACAUGUGGCCCAGGGGAAGUGUGGGGUUGCAGGCUCUGGUGAUUCUGUGUGUUGGGCUGCUGGGACUUGAGCGGGUCAUCAAUGUGUUUGUACCCAUUUACAGCAGGAAUAUAGUGAACCAGCUGUCAGCGAUGGAGAGAUGGAGAACCCUGGCCAUCACGGUCUGUGUUUACGUCCUCCUUAAGUUCUUGCAGGGCGGAGGGGUAGGGACAUCAGGAUUUGUCAGUAACUUGCGCAGCUUCCUGUGGACUUAUGUUCAGCAGUACACCAGCCGUGUGGUGCAGGUCCGUCUUUUCGCUCACCUGCAUGACCUCUCUCUGCGCUGGCACCUGGGCCGCCGCACCGGAGAUGUCCUGCGCAGCAUUGACCGUGGAACCUCCUCAGUAAACAACUUGUUAAGUUAUGUUGUGUUCAGCAUUGUACCCACUAUUGCUGACAUCAUCAUUGCCAUCAUCUAUUUCGUGACGUACUUCAGUGCCUGGUUCGGCCUUAUUGUUUUCAUUUGCAUGUUUCUCUACCUCACUAUCACAAUCAUUAUCACUGAAUGGAGGACCAAGUACAGGCGGGAAAUGAACACACAGGACAACAUUGCCAAGUCAAAAGCAGUGGACUCACUUCUCAACUUUGAAACCGUAAAGUACUAUAAUUCAGAGGGUUUUGAAGUCAGGCGCUUUGAGGAUGCUAUACUGAAAUAUCAGGCAUGUGAAUUGAAGACCAAUGCUUCCCUGGCUCUCCUGAACCAAACUCAGAACCUGAUUAUUGGAUUGGGCCUGUUGGCCGGGUCCCUGCUUUGCGCAUACUAUGUUACAGUGGACAAGUUUCAAGUUGGUGACUAUGUUCUUUUUGGAACCUACAUUAUUCAGCUCUACACUCCACUCAACUGGUUUGGUACAUAUUAUAGAAUGAUCCAAAGUGCAUUUGUUGACAUGGAGAGCAUGUUUGAUCUGCUAACAGAGGAAAAAGAGGUAAAGGAUGAUGUGAAUGCAGGAGACCUGUUGUUCACAGAAGGAAGGGUUGAUUUCCAGAACGUGUGCUUUAGUUACACUGCUGGGAAAGAAAUUCUCAGUGAAGUCUCAUUCACAGUGAUGCCUGGUCAGACAGUUGCACUGGUUGGUCCAUCCGGAUCAGGAAAAAGCACCAUCAUCCGUUUGCUAUUCCGUUUUUAUGACGUGCAGGGUGGCUGCAUCCUCAUCGAUGGUCAGGACAUCUAUAAGGUGAAACAGAACUCUCUUCGAUCGUACAUUGGUGUAGUUCCUCAGGACACUGUUCUUUUCAAUGAUAACAUCCGUGAAAACAUUCGCUAUGGACGCAUCUCUGCAAGUGACCAAGAAGUAGAAGAGGCUGCAGUGGCUGCUGAUAUCCACCAUAAGAUAUUAUCCUUUCCAGACGGAUAUGAUACUGAGGUGGGUGAAAGGGGUCUGAAGUUGAGCGGAGGGGAGAAACAGAGAGUGGCCAUCGCUCGCACAAUCCUGAAAUCCCCUCGCAUUAUUUUGCUUGAUGAAGCUACAUCUGCUUUGGACAGUCAAACAGAGUGUAACAUUCAGGCUUCUCUCGCUAAGGUGUGCGCCAACCACACCACUCUGGUCGUGGCACACAGGUUAUCCACCAUCAUCAAGGCCGAUCAGAUUCUGGUUCUUCAUGAUGGGCGGAUUGCAGAACAAGGAAGGUAUUUUCAUCUGGAUCUGAUAAACACAACUUAGAGGAUAGCAUCUUUUCUUUGAACCCACCCAUUGCUCAUGUUACCAAAAGUGUUGGAACGUGACUGACAGGUGUGUUUUGUUGCCCUGGUGUGUCCUAUUAUAUUGAUUAUUCAAACAAUAAAUGGCACAGAAUGUCUGGAUAUGCCUGUGCAGACUGCAUUUAUAGUUAGACGUGUAACCAACGUGAAAACCAGAGAGCUGUCUAUGGGUGUAAAACCAGCAAUUGUGAAGCUGAGAGAAGAUGGAGAAUCAUUUGGAGCCAUUGGAACAAUGUUGGAUAAACACUGGCCAUGUUAUUAAUGUAUACAGGUACUAAUCCACUUGUGCAGCUGCUACAAAAUGCUUCCUCAGGUCCAUUUGAAACUUCUAGUGUGAUCUUCCACUACGAUAAGAACAUUUUCCACACUCUCGUUCCCAGAGCUCAAUGCCCCAUAUACUGCGUCUGCUUAACUUUUGAUGUCAUACUUCUAAGUAAUUGAUGCUUCCACAAACUUGACCCUAGACCGACCCUCAUAACUCUGUUUUAGCAAUCUGAGAAAAGGAAAGAAA